CGUGGAGUUUAGUCUCGUUUCCAAGUGUUGGUGAUUUUUAAUUGUAAAUUGGUUGAAAGUGCAACAGUAACGAUGCAGUGUUGUCUCAAGUUUUCCGGGUACGCGCGAAUUUUACGAGCCCAGGAAGGUGUUAAAAGGCACGUGCGAGGGAUCAAAUUAAAUCAUGUGCAGGCUGCCAAAUUUGAGAAACUUUUCCCACAGAAAGAGGAAUUUGAAUCGAGGCAUAUUGGACCCAGGGUUCACGAUCAAAAGGCGAUGCUCAAAAAACUCGAAUUUAAGUCACUCGAGGAAUUAACUGCGACUGCUGUGCCGAUUAAUAUUCGUUGCAAGACUGAUUUAGAGAUUGAAAAACCUAUGACCGAGUACGAAUUGAUAAAAAGGAUUACAGAAAUUUCGAAAAAAAACGAAGUUUGGAAAACUUAUAUCGGGAUGGGAUAUUAUAAUUGCUGUGUCCCACAUACAAUUAUGAGAAAUAUCUUUGAAAAUCCUGGAUGGACGACACAGUAUACUCCAUACCAACCGGAAAUAGCUCAAGGGCGAUUAGAAGGUUUAUUAAACUACCAAACGAUGAUUUGCGAUUUAACAGGAAUGGAAAUUGCAAAUGCUUCACUUUUGGAUGAAGGAACUGCAGCUGCGGAAGCUUUAGCUCUUGCCUAUCGACACAAUAAACGAAAAAAAUUAUUUGUUUCCGAUAAAGUUCAUCCGCAAACAAUUAGUGUAAUUGCUACUCGAGCGACCUCUUUAGGAUUAAAUUUAGAAAUUGGAGAUGUCUUCAAUGUUGAUACAACUUCAAAAGAUGUUGCAGCAAUUCUUUUACAAUAUCCAGAUACAAGAGGAUCGAUUCACGAUUUCACAAAUGUCAUCAAUAAAGCCCACGAGGAUGGUACUCUAGUCUGUGCAGCAGCUGAUUUACUGGCCCUGGCACUUCUCCAGCCUCCUCGAGAGUACGAUAUAGAUAUCUGCAUAGGAACCAGUCAGAGAUUCGGGGUUCCUCUAGGAUACGGAGGACCCCAUGCAGGUUUUUUUGCCUGUCGUCAGAAAUUGGUUAGAUUGAUGCCCGGACGAAUGGUCGGAGUGACCAGAGACACGGCUGGACGAGAUGCUUAUCGUCUGGCUCUUCAAACGAGAGAACAACAUAUUAGGAGAGAUAAAGCCACGAGCAAUAUUUGUACAGCUCAGGCUUUAUUGGCAAACAUGUCAGCAAUGUAUGCUGUUUACCAUGGACCCCAGGGAAUAAAAGACAUUGCGACCAGAGUUCACUAUCUGACCAUUGCUCUUGCUCAAGGACUCCAGGAAGCUGGAAAUAGUGUCGAAAAUCAAUAUUUCUUUGACACGAUUACAGUAUUACCCAAAAUUUCGCAAGAGAAGCUCAAAGAUAAGGCCAUGCAAGCUAAAGUCAAUUUAAGGUACAAUGAAGAUGGAUCCGUUGGUUUGUCUCUCGAUGAAACAACAACCGUCGAGGACGUCAACGAGCUUUUUAAAAUUUUCGGUGUCAACAAAACAGUUGAAGAAAUCGCCGAAACUGGUGCGAUUUCCAAAAAUGACUUGAACAAAUCUCCCUUCAAGCGAACCAGCAACUACCUAACACAUCCCGUUUUCAAUUCCCACCACUCUGAAACGAGAAUUGUACGAUACAUGAAGUCUUUGGAGAACAAGGAUAUUUCUCUCGUCCACAGUAUGAUUCCUCUCGGAUCCUGCACAAUGAAACUCAACUCCACAACAGAAAUGAUGCCUUGCAGUCUGCCAGGAUUCAAGGACAUCCAUCCCUUCGCCCCAGCCGAACAGUCAAAAGGCUACCAGCAAUUAUUUUCCGAACUGGAAAGGGAUUUAUGUGCCAUAACUGGUUACGACAGUAUCAGUUUCCAGCCGAAUAGUGGCGCCCAGGGCGAAUACGCUGGACUCCGCGCAAUCCAGUGCUAUCACGAGUCCCAGGGAAAUCAGAAUCGACAGGUUUGCCUGAUACCAGUUUCAGCUCACGGGACGAAUCCAGCUUCCGCUCAGAUGGCCGGCAUGCAGGUUGAGUCGAUUUAUGUUCUGAAGGACGGGUCGGUUGACAUCGAGCACUUGAAGGAGAUGAUAGACAAGUUCAAGGACAACCUCUCUUGUCUGAUGAUAACCUAUCCCUCGACGAAUGGAGUCUUUGAAGAGACUAUUGGGGAUGUUUGUGAAAUGGUUCACAAAGCUGGAGGGCAGGUUUAUCUCGACGGGGCCAAUAUGAAUGCCCAGGUCGGUCUUUGCCGACCUGGAGAUUAUGGAAGUGACGUUUCUCAUCUCAAUCUUCAUAAGACCUUCUGCAUUCCUCAUGGAGGAGGUGGACCUGGAAUGGGACCAAUUGGAGUGAAAAAACAUCUUGCGCCAUUCCUGCCAGGCCACCCAGUGAUAGAAACGCAGACAGGAAAAACAAAAAUUACGCAAGGUUUGGGUGCAGUAUCAGCUGCCCCCUAUGGGUCUUCAGCAAUUUUGCCGAUUUCCUGGGCGUAUAUAAAAAUGAUGGGACCCAAGGGUCUUCGAAGGGCGACUCAGGUGGCAAUUUUGAAUGCGAAUUACAUGAGCAAAAGACUUGAGCAUCAUUACAAAACCCUCUAUAAAGGAAGAAGUGGCUUGGUGGCUCACGAAUUCAUUUUGGACAUUAGAGAUUUGAAAAAGACUGCAAAUAUCGAAGCUGUUGAUAUUGCCAAGAGACUGAUGGAUUACGGAUUCCAUGCUCCGACGAUGAGUUGGCCAGUUGCUGGGACUUUGAUGAUUGAGCCCACUGAAUCGGAAGAUAAGGGAGAAUUGGACAGAUUUUGCGACGCUCUCAUUUCUAUAAGAAAAGAAAUUGAUAAUAUCGAAAGCGGCAAGUCUGAUCCCAGUAUUAAUCCACUGAAAAUGGCUCCUCACACUCAGGAGGAAGUUAUUAGUUCACAAUGGAAUCGACCUUAUUCUCGAGAAGUUGCCGCUUAUCCUGCUCCCUUCGUGAAAGGCAGCACGAAAAUCUGGCCCAGUGUAGGAAGAAUAGACGACAUCUACGGCGACAAAAAUCUAUUUUGUACAUGUCCACCAAUUAUUCCCGACUACAAAUAAUUACUAUAAUUCGAAUAGAAAACCUAGCACUUAAGUAUUUAUUCUUACUGAUAAGGUGAAAGCUAAUUCAGCCACAGGGUGACUGUUUUAAUCAAAGAACAAAAUUCCCGGUCAUUUCCCGGUUCGCAAAUAUUUUUCCCGGUCAAUAAAAUUUAAAAAAUCGAAAUAUAAAUCUAAAGAGUAAAAGUAA